UUGAGUAUAAAGAUCACGACAUGCCCGCCGCCUCCCUUUUCACAUUCCCCUUGCAGCAGGCACAGGCUCAGUGUUCCUCCUGAUUCUCACAAGGGCCAGAUCCCGUGAACUGUCUUGUCUUCUCUUUGGAAUAACCCCUUCUCUCAUUCAAGAUGAAGGCAUCUCUGUUUUUGGCAUCCGCCUUGGCGGCUACCGGUCUAGCCGCGCCCUCAACGAGCCCAAAUAUGGCUAAGAGACAAUUCGUUGUCACCAGCAGCGAGCUUUCCAAGCUCUCCUAUUGGGCUGAGCAAGCUGCCACCAGCUAUUGCAACAGCAACAACGCUGCUGGCGAUUUGAUCGCUUGCUCCAACAACGUUUGCCCUACCCUAGUCAGCAACAAGGCCGUGACUGUUGCCUCUUUCGCAAGCGGUACCGCCACUGAUAUUCGCGGCCUGGUCUCGGUGGACCCUGUCAAGAAGGUCAUCACUGUUUCCUUCAGAGGAUCCUCUUCAGUCCGCAACUGGAUUACCGACGUCGUUUUCGUCAAGUCCUCCUGCGAUGAACUUGUGAGCGGCUGCCUCAUCCACACCGGGUUCUACACGGCCUGGAGGGAGGUUGCGACCAAGGUCACCGCGGCCGUCCAGUCCGCCAAGGCCGCCUACCCCAGCUACAGCAUCGGUAUCACCGGCCACUCGCUCGGCGGUGCCGUCGCCACCGUCGCAGCCGCUUACCUCCGCAAGGCCGGCUACACUGCCGACCUCUACACCUUCGGCUCGCCCCGCGUCGGCAACGAGGCCUUCGCCGCCUUCACCACCACCCAGUCAGGCGACGAGUACCGCGUCACCCACGAAAAUGACCCCGUGCCCCGUCUCCCUCCCAUCAGUUUCAACUACCGCCACACCUCUCCCGAGUGGUGGAUCCAGGCCGCUGUGCCCACCACCAGCCAGGUCAAGAUUUGCCCCGGCUAUGCCAGCAUCGACUGCAACGCCGGUACCCUCGGCUUGAAACGCGAUGACCACCUUCACUACUUCGAGGACAUUGCCGGUUGCUCGUCUGGCGGCUUCAACUGGAAGAGGGCCGAAGCCAACGUCGCAGCUAACGACAUCAGUGAUGAGGAGCUCGAGGCUCGCUUGAACCAGUGGGUUGUCGAGGAUGUAAAUUUUGUCAAUAGCAACGACCUUAAUUAGGAGCAUCAAGGGUUGCAAUGUGAGAAUAAUAAGAAAGUAAAAUGAGGCAUGAUUUGUGAAU